CUUUAUCGAAAUGGCUCCGUCGACAUUGCUCGCCGGCGAGAGGAAAAACAAUAAAAUUUAAACGAAUCGUCCAACGUUUCGCAAGGGAGUUUCUAUUCUUCCACUGAGUUUUUUAUUUAUACGGAAUACGGAUCCGUAUUCCGUAUCGAACUAUUGAACCGCGUGCGCGUUGCCAGGAGAAAAAACCGCGCGAGACAAACACCGAGGGAGAUUCUAGACGUAUAUGUACGUACAUUGUAAAGACCUAAAGCCGUAAAUACUGCGUCUAUAGGGAGCGGGGACCGGAGAUCUGAGGGUCAGGCGUACAGACACUACAGACGCAUGUAUGUAUAUGUAUGUACUAUUGUUAAUAUUGUUAUACUCGUCCGACUCGCUGACCUCACCGUGGCACGCCGUAGCCUUGUGAACCUCGGUUAAGUCGUGAGCAGUCGUGAGAGAUAACACAGGUGCACAAUUGCACAUUGCGUCGAGCCUUCGUACCGAUCGUUGUGCUUAUUCACCUCGGUGCUUCUUUGUCGAUCUGCGACGCGCAAUCUGAAUCGCCAAGUUGGGUCUUCCCCCAAAUUCGAAUUCUUUAUCGUCGCGAGAUUUUCCGAGAAGAUAAAGGAAAAUUUCGAUUUCGUAAUUCUCAAGGGGGGAAAUUGUAAAGAGAGAUCUGUAUUAUCUUUUUGAGGGGAUUAUUCUCGUAAUACGUUAAUUUUGUUAGUGUAUCUAUAAAUACUUGUAUAAUUUGACAACGCCGAGUUGGAGUUAGCCACCAGUCGCACCCAGUGCCACUCGACAAUAAAACAACACAGCAGCAGCAGCACCGACAGCGGGACAAUCUGAUCGCGUCGUGGUUGUUGGCGAUUAUUCUGCGUUUUUAUCACGCGCGCGCACGCUCCCGAAUCUCCGUUAUGUCGCGUAUCGCGAGAUAAUGUCACCGCGGCCGCUGUUCGUCGCUGACGGUCGCGCGUUGUUCGCUCGACGACGCUGGCGACGAGUACGAGAAGGAGGUUAGGUGCGUGCGAUUUAUAGCGAUCUCGACGAUCGACGUGUCAUCAGCAGCGAGCGCAAAUGGCGGCCGCUGCCGAGGAAGACUUAUCGGUGCUCGGCCAGCGGGUUGGCGAGCUGAGCGUCUCCGCGAGGACGGAGAAGGAUGACGUAGGGGACGCCGCGACGACACCGGGCAGAAUGGUCCAUGACCGCGGCAAUGAGGCGGACGUCGUCACACGGGCGGCGACGAGAAGCUGCGAGCCGCCGCGGCUCUGGGGCUUCGAGACGCGCGAGCUCUACAAGCUCGCGCUCAACUUUUACAAAGAGAAAGAAGGUAAAGCCGUUCAUCUCUCUUACGAGGAUAAACUAAAGCUGGUGGCGUUCACGCAACAAGUGACACAUGGAAAAUGCACAACUGAAAAUGCACCACCAUUAGGCGUCUUGGACAUGAUCGGAAGAGACCGGCGCUUGGCGUGGCAAAAUUUGGGAGAUAUAUCAAAAGAGCAGGCGAUGGAAGGCUUCAUAGUGUUGCUGGACAAGCUGUGCCCUCUAUUCAGAACUGUAGUUGAGGCGCAGAAAAGAGAUUUUGAAGAGAAGCAACGACUUAAGAGGGAAGAAGAGGCCAAAAAGCUGGAGGAGGAGAAGAAGCUUAAGCAGCUGGAAGAGGAGAGAAAGAAACAGGAGGAGGAAAGAUUGAAAGAGGAGACACAAAGGCGGCAAAUUCAGGAUGCUUUGAACCAACAAACGUAUUAUCAGUUCAUAGUAUAUGCUGAGCAGCAGUAUCCCGGUAAUCCAGAGCAGCAAGGUGUUUUAAUCAGGCAGUUGCAAGAGCAGCAUUAUCAUCAGUACAUGCAGCAGCUUCACCAGAAUCAGUUGGUUAUUGAGGACCAAAUGGAGGAAGAGAAGGAGCAAAAACAAGAGAAAAAGACGAAGAAAAAAAGCGUUCAAUUGGAGGACGCGACGGGCAAAGACGACGACGACGACGACGACGACGACGACGACGACGAUGACGAUGACAUCAACAAUAAGGACGACGCGAACGAAAACGCCAAUGAUGAAGAUUCGGAUGAGAUGGAGGACUGGCCGCCUAUUUCUCCCGCGGAGAUGUGGACGAGAAAGGGCGUAGAAGAGUUUAAGCAGACCAUCAGAAAGGAGACAGGUGACGCGGUCAUCAAGGUCGGUCACGGUGAGACUGUCACGGUGCGAGUGCCGACGCAUGAGGAUGGUACGUGCCUGUUCUGGGAGUUCGCGACGGACGGUUACGACAUCGGUUUCGGAGUUUAUUUCGAAUGGUCAAAACCGGAGACGAACCAAGUGUCUGUGUACAUAAGCGAAUCCGAGGAAGACGAGGACGAAGAGGAGGAGUACGAGCAGCGGGAAGAUCUGGAAAGUGGAUCGGUGAAUGGUAAUAACGCCCGACCUGAACGUAGAACAACCACACCACCUAUAAGCGUUAUAGUACCUAUAUAUAGGAGAGACUCUCAAGAGGAAAUUUAUGCUGGAAGUCAUCAAUAUCCAGGCGAGGGAGUAUACCUUCUAAAGUUCGACAACUCAUAUUCGCUUUGGCGAAGUAAAACACUUUACUACCGAGUGUACUACACACGGCAGGGUUUCACGAAGAAUAAUAAUUAGUCUUUACGUUGCAUAUUAAGACGAGAUGUAUAACGAGUAUAUGUUAUCUGUUGAGCACUAGCCUUGACAUAAUCGUCUUACUGAUAACGCUAGUCCAACUAAAUAAAGAGUCCUAUUUGUCCUUAUUUGAUUCGCGCGGAAGCGAUAAAACUGUUCACAUAUAUACAUACAAAGAAGAUAUAUUUAUUAUAUAGUUAAGAAAACACGUUCUAUAGCAGUAAAAAUGCGUGUGCGAGAAGAAAACGGAUUCUAAAUUGUUAUCGAAAGAAGUCUCUGUGGUGUGUAUCGUAAAAUAUAAGUUGGCGAUCGACUCUCCUACGUGCAUAAUAUUGUGUACCUGCGGCGAUUCUUGCGCACACCGUUUUUCGACGCAGGCAAAUCUUGUUUUCGAACAUUCGUAUCGACGUGCAAAUCUUUGUGUGCGUGCGUGCGUGCGUGCGUGCGUGCGUGUGUGUGUGUGUGGGGGGGGGGGAGGGUGAGUGAGUGAGCGAGCGAGUGAGUGAGUGAGUGAGUGAGUGAGUGAGUGAGUGAGUGAGUGAGUGAGUGAGUGAGUGAGUGAGUGAGUGAGUGAGUGAGUGAGUGAGUGAGUGAGUGAGUGAGUGAGUGAGUGAGUGAGUGAGUGAGUGAAACGAUGUUUUAAAGCGAAGGAUCAAGUGUACAUGCACGUUAUAUAUCUGUAUUAUCUAUGUGAAUACCGGCUUGUGGAAUGUUUUUUGCGACUCGAUGUUAUGCAGACUUUAUCACUUGGCGUUUACUGUAUAUCUUUUAUUAAAAUCAUCUUAUUUUUCUUUAAAUACAGCAGCAGAAUGCAGUGCGCA